AUGAGCCACCACGUCGCGUCCAAGAAGGGAGCGUCGUGGGUGGAAGGGGAUGCGCUCGAUCGGGAGCUGGCGUCGUUGAACCAGACCAUCUCGCUGUGCAACCCAGUCUUUCAAGGCCACGUGAACGACUGGCAAAGCACGUCGCAAGUAAACCAGGCGAAUGUCGAGACGGAGAAAGCUCUGUUUGCCGCACCCCCCAAGCCCUUCCACGGCGUAAAGAAGGCCAAGCAGCUCGAGCUGGAGCCGUCGGCUCUGUCGACGCCGCUGGCCAAGGACAAGGACAUUGCCGCGUUGUUGGCCCAGGCGAACGCCACGUCAUGUUCCCCAGGAGGGCCUGGAAACAACGACAACGAACAGAUCGUGGAUCAUCACGCCGCCAAGGCAAGUGCAGCCGUCGCGAAACCGAUCCCAAAAGCCAAGCGGAUGCACAUGGACGGCAUUCUCCAUGGGCUCCCCGUCGCGUCCAACUACAAGCUGACCACGACCGUCACCGACCACUUUGCGUACGACACGGAAAUGAAAGCGAUGAAUCGCGACAAGGACACGAGCCACUUUCGCAAGCGAGACUCGUACUCCGAGUACGUUGAAGCCCGUGCGCGGUUUAGCAAAAUGCACAGCGUCACCUAG